GAGAGAGAGAAUUAUGAGUCAUUGAAAGGAAAAGGAAGCAAGUGGUUAGAGAUGGAGAGAGAGAGAGAGAGAGAGGGGGGUAUUAAGGGUGGGGUGAGAAAGCUUGAGGCUAAGGCUUUACUGAAACUGGCCUCGUCUAUGCUGUAUUGGGCAGUUUUAGGCGCCAUAUACAAGCACAAGAUCUUGGAGUCCAUAGCUCCAUAGCUUCAUAGCUUCAUAGCUCCAUAGCUCUCUCUUUCUCUCUCUCUCUCUCUCUCUUAACCCUCCUCCUACUCUUGCCUUUUUGCAAAGACACAAAACCUGCAACAUUACCCACCUCUCUCUUUUCUCUCUUUAACUUUUCCUUUUCGUGUUUCUUGUUGAGGCCUUUUUUUUUUUUUUGCCACGCUGAAUUCUGGGUUUGAUGUAAAAAAAUAAAACUGAACACCGAGCAAACAGCUGGUAGACAAACCCAACAAAGAGACAGACAGAAAAAAAAUGUGGGAUCUCAAUGACUCGCCUGAUCAGCGUCCACGUGGCGAUGAAUCGGAGGGCUGCUCCUCCCAGAAGACCUCGGCCGACGGAGACGAGGAAAAGGGCAAACGGGUCGGAUCCGUGUCCAAUUCAAGCUCCUCGGCCGUGGUCGUCGAGGACGACGGAUCAGACGAGGAAGAAGACGACGACGGCCCCGCCAAGCUCGCCAAGACGCGGGGAGGAGGAGGGGGCAAGAUAUUCGGGUUCUCCAUGGCCCACGAGGAGUCCAUGGAUGGUGAUCCGCCCGUGACCGUGACCGUGACCCGACAGUUCUUUCCGGUGGAGCUAGACUCCACCUCUGAAAUAAUGGGGCCCACACGGGGUGCCGUCCCGCCUCCAGCUCCUCCUUCUUCGUCGUCGUCGUCGUUUCCCAGGGCCCACUGGGUCGGGGUCAAUUUCGGGCAGUCGGAUUCGGGCAGCCCCGGGAAGCCGCCGGCCGCGGUGGAGGCAGCCCACCAGCCCAUGAAGAAGAGCCGGCGUGGGCCUCGCUCCAGGAGCUCUCAGUACCGCGGCGUGACGUUUUACCGGAGGACUGGCCGAUGGGAGUCUCAUAUUUGGGAUUGUGGGAAGCAAGUUUAUCUUGGUGGAUUUGACACAGCACAUGCAGCUGCACGUGCUUACGAUCGAGCGGCCAUCAAGUUCCGGGGAGUGGAGGCUGACAUAAAUUUUAGCAUAGAGGAUUAUGAAGAAGACUUGAAACAGAUGACCAAUUUAACAAAGGAAGAAUUUGUGCAUGUACUUCGCCGACAAAGCACCGGGUUCCCCAGAGGUAGCUCCAAAUAUAGAGGGGUCACCUUGCACAAGUGUGGGAGAUGGGAGGCCAGGAUGGGCCAAUUUUUAGGCAAAAAGUACGUGUAUUUGGGCUUGUUUGAUACCGAGAUUGAUGCUGCAAGGGCCUAUGACAAAGCAGCAAUCAAGUGCAAUGGCAAGGAAGCUGUCACUAAUUUUGAUCCCAGCAUCUACGAGAACGAGCUCAACCCCUCCUCUGAAUCAUCCGGCGUUAAUGCUGCAGAACACAAUCUCGAUUUGAGUUUGGGCAGUUCAAACUCGAAGAAAAACAAUCAAGCUUUUGGGAGUAGUGAUCAUGGCCAAAAUGCUGCAAUGGAAGUUCAACAUUCUGCCUCAAUGCAACUCGAAGCCGAUUGGCGGAAUCAAGGGUUUCGACAAAAGCUUAACCUACAAAGGGAUCGAUCUAGAGAGGAGAGUGAUGUACACAGAAGAGAUGGAUACUUAGAGACAGAAGCCAUGCAGCUUCUACUCAGAACCAACCUUCAUUCUCCAGCCCCCAAUGAAAUGCAUAAAUAUGGGCAGUUUAGUAGGAGGCCUAACGUUGGAGACACCCAAAUGCCUCACACUUUCCCACCACAUUUCAACUCACCAAACAAUUACCACCAUGUUCAGUUUCCAAGCAGCAGCGAAGGAGGCCGCAUCGGCAGUGAUCUUUCACUCUCGAUGAGUGACCACCCACACCAACAACAAUGGCAAUCCGGCACGCCGACUUCCGAUAUAUUUGCAACUGCUGCAGCAUCAUCAGGAUUCCCACCUCAAAUCAGACCGUCCGCGCAAAAUUGCUGGCUGCCGAAAAGUGGUUUCCACUCUCUCACAAGACGCUAGCUAUAGCUCUUCUCUUGACCAUUGAGCCAUGACCCUCCCUCCUACAUUUUUCUGCCUAAUUUCCACCAUGUCCCAUUUCAUCUAAUUAUUCACCAAGCCGUCUUGAUAUGUUUGUGUUUGUAAGCCUUUUGAUUUGAUCCCCAACUCCAAUUUUUUCAGAGUCCCAAAAAGAGAAACUAGUCAAGAAGAGGAAGAGAACACAAAACAAAAGAGAGAGGAAGGAAAGUCUCCUGUUUUGUGGGAAAUGUAUGGUCAUUGGUCAAACUAACAAAUGGAAAAAAUCCAUCUUCAACUAGAUAUUCUGAGUUCUGACAACAAUAUAUAUCUGAUUUAAUUUUAAUAGUUGUUUUAUUAUUUUAUAUGUAAUUCAAGACCAUGUGUUACUGACUUAUUGCGCCCUAGCUGCUAGAUUAAGUUAUGAUAUUUUGGA